AUGGCUGGAGGGGUGGCCGUGGUUCGGUGGCCGUGGUUCGGUGGCCGUGGUUCGGUGGCCGUGGUGGUGCUGGCCUCGGGGAGCCAAGCACAGCACUUCAGUGGCUUUCCCCUCUGUGCAUCGGUGUCCUGCCCUCAGAACCCCCUCUGCAUGCUGCAGAGAGUCUGGGGGGCUUCAGCAGGGAGCUGGGCUUCGAAGGGCUCCAAGUGCCGCUGGGAUGGCAGAGCAGCCACCUGCCCGUGUGGGUUUCUCAGAGCUAUAACCCAGCGCCCUCGGCUGCGCCGUGACCGCCCGGGCCCCGGCAGAGCAAGGAUGCUGAAGAGAAUCCACCUCUGCCUCUGCUUCUCCUUCAUCUCAGGCAUCCUGUACGAGCUCUCCCUGCUCUCUGGCUGCUUCUUCCCCUACGUGCCCCUCUCCAAGCACCUCCUGAGCCCCGAGGAGGUGCUGAGCCUGGGCAGGAGCAUCAUCUUCCUGGAGACCAGCGAGCGCCUGGAGCCGCCCCCGCUGGUGUCCUGCUCCGUGGAGUCUGCCGCCAGGACCUACCAGGACCGAGCGAUCAUCCUCUUCAUGAAGGGGCUCAGCAACCACACAGCCCUGCAGGGCAACUCCAGCCACGCAGCCUUCUCGCUCCUCUCCGCCAUGAAGAACGUCUUCAUCUUCCCCCUCCGGCUGGAAGCCAUCUUCCAGGAGACUCCUCUGCUCCAGUGGUACAACCAGGUGGUCCCGGAGCAGGAGAAGAACUGGGUGCACGUCAGCUCGGACGCCGGCAGGCUGGCCCUGCUCUGGAAGUACGGCGGCAUCUACAUGGACACGGACGUCAUCUCGCUGCGGCCCAUCCCGCCGGGCAGCUUCCUGGCGGCGCAGAAGUCGCGCUUCUCCAGCAACGGCAUCUUCGGCUUCCCCGCACGCCACUGGUUCCUCUGGGCCUGCAUGGAGGACUUCGUCCUCAAGUACAACGGCGACAUCUGGGGCAACCAGGGCCCCCUCCUCAUGACCAGGGUGCUGAAGGCCCUCUGCAACCUGACGGACUUCCGCGGCGCCGAGGACCACAGCUGCCGCAACAUCUCCUUCCUCAACCCCCAGCGCUUCUACCCCAUCCCCUACCCGGCCUGGAGGAGGUACUACAAGGUGUGGGACCGGAGCCCCAGCUUCAACCACUCCUACGCCCUGCACCUCUGGAACUUCAUGAACCACAACCGCCAGGCCGUGGUGGCCGGCAGCAACACGCUGGCCGAGCAGCUCUACCGCGCCCGCUGCCCCACCACCUACCGGGACCUCGUCCGCAACGCUCGGCGCGGGGACCCCGCGCCCCCGGGGGCCGCCGCCUGA